AUGAAGAACAUCGCUCUUUAUGCUGACGAAACUGGCGAGCUCGGUGUUCGCCGAGAUAUACCAAUCCCCCGGCCUAGCGAAGGCGAAAUGCUGAUCGAAGUCCUCUUUACUGGUGUGAAUCGUUCCGAUAUCACCACAGUAAAGCUCCUGGGCUCUCGAUCUCGGGUCCUUGGCAACGACUUCUGUGGACGUGUUCUCGAUGUUUCGAAGCUGGCGGACACUGCCUUCAAACCUGGUGAUAUAGUAGCCGGGUACACAAUCGCGAAUUAUGAUCGGCCUCUCCGAUACGGGUCUCACCAAUCGUAUAUCUCCAUCCCACCAGCGGGGGUCUUUACAGUCCCAGAACACAUCCCUGCUGCUGAUGCUGCGGGUCUUAUGACUGUCGUUCAGACUGCGAACGAUGCCCUCUUGAAUCUGCACUUGCCUCUGCCAUCAAUGGCCCAUGGACCAACGGAAGGAAUCUUGGUAAUCACAGGUGGCGCUACUACGGUUGGUAUCGCGGCGAUCCAGCUUGCACGUAGCAGCGGAAUCAAGUCUAUUAUAGUCACCGCUUCACCAGGGCGCCAUGAGCUGCUUGAAACCCUAGGUGCAACUCGCUGUUUUGACUACAGGAAGGAUGGUGUUGUACAGGACAUCAAGGCGGCUGUACAGGAAGCUGGCGCUGGACCGGUAUUCGGUUUCGAUGCAGCCGGUACACCUGAGUCUGCAAAGCUACUCUUGGACGCCUUGGCAGACCGCGACGAUAUUCAUCUAGCAUCGGUCUCUCCCUGGGCUGGAGACCGCUUCGAAGCCGUCCUGGGUGGUCGUGAUUACGACGUGAUUUUUCAUCCGCCGGGUGCACCUGAGCCAUUCGUCAGUCCUGCGAGACCAGCUGAAGCGGCAAAAAUGUGGGACAGCCUCAUGUGGGUACUGCAGCACUAUGGAAAGGAAUUUAGGCUGCCGGUUAUUGAGGUCUUUGAAGGAACUGCAGAGGACGCGCUGGGGGAGAUACAGAAAGUAGCAGAUCAGGGAAAGUUUGGAAAGCUUGUAUUGAAACAUCCCCUGCUAUGA